AUGUCUUCAACAACAACAACGAAUACGUAUAUUAAAUUGGAUUAUAUACAACCAUCUUCAUCACAAACAUAUGAUUCGAGUCAAAGUCCAUUAGCACUUUUAGCUCAAACAUGUUCAAGUAUUGGUAAAGAUUCAUCAUCCCCAAUUGUAAAUUCAACUCCAUCUAUAAUAACAUCACUCGUCACAAAAUCUUCGUCCAAUAUAUCAAAUUUCGAUAAAUCAUUAUCAUCAACAAAACGUUUAGUACCUUCACAGAUAAAUCAAACAAAUAAAAAAUCAACUCUUCCAUUAAAAUCUCCUACUAUUUCUUCAACAAAUCAAUCAAAUUAUUUUUCAUCAUUAACUGAUCCAACAAGUUCAGUUGCAUCAUUACUUCUUCGUUCGUCACUUGCUUAUCUAGCUUCACAACAACAUUCAUAUUCAACAUCAUGUACAAUGCCAGGAUGUUUACAAUGUGAAACAACUCGUUAUAUACUUUCAAAUUCAAUAGAUAAUCAACCUUAUAUUUGUCAUUGGUAUUCAUGUAAUGCAAGAUUUUCUUCCAAUCAUGAUUUAAUCGAACAUAUUCGAUAUAAUCAUAGUUUAUCAAAAAAGUCUGAUCAUUAUCGUUUUCAUCCAUAUUUAAGAUCAUUGAAAAUGACAAAUAACAAUGAUCAGUUACCAUAUUUUUAUCCACACUUGUCUUUGUCGCCAAUGACAGAAACGACAAAACGUACAAAUAUUAAUCCAAACAACAAUAAUUAA